AGCUUGUGUUAUUAUUGCGAACGCUUUCAAUUUGUGAUGUGGUAGGUAUCCGCCGAGCAGCAUUCUCGUCGCUGUGCCUACUCACUUCUAUCAAUUAGGCGUUCUAAUUUCUUUCACAUUAACUCAGAGUGCUAAACUAAUUGUCAAGGUAGCGGGCUGCGUCCGUGAAACGUAGUGUACAAGCCAAUAGUAAACGAAACAUCUGUGGUAUGACACGAACGUUUGCUGAUAACGUUUUUUUUCAGUCAUACCGCAUGUCGAUGCGGAGUUGGUCGUCGCUCCUGCCCGCAUCAUGGCCCGCGAAAUUUUCCCGGUAAAAUUCAAGGAGGAAUGUUACGACUUGCAAAAGUUCUUGCGCGACCACCCGGGCGGGGUGAACACCCUUCAAAUGUACAAAGGGAAGUCUAUUUUGCAAGCGAUGCAAAAAUUCGGGCACAGCACCAGUGCAUAUCACUUGAUGAAGGAUUUAAAAGUGGACGGUGAUGUGUUGAAAGACGUGAAUUUAACAGGGGGUGUCAGUGAAAAUGGUAGGAUACUAACAAACGAGGACUCCAUGAGGGAUCCAGAAGAGAUUGAGUUUUUGGAAGAACUAGAGAGUCGUCUAGACUGGUCGAAGCCUUUGCUGUGCCAGCUCCACGCCAUAGCGCCGGACUACGAGAAAUGGGUUAACAGCGCGGUUUACCGGAAAUGUAGACUUUUCGCGAGCCCAUUGCUCGAGAGUCUAACAUAUACGCCAUGGUAUUUUGUUCCUAUGUUCUGGAUACCUGUAAUUUUAUAUCUUGGCUGGACGCAGUAUUACGAGCAAGUCGCUUGUGGAGAACAUUGCACAGAUGCGAAUAUCACAACAUUCCAGUACGUGUAUUAUAUUUCAUUAGGAGUGCUGUUGUGGACGAUACUGGAAUACUCGCUGCAUCGGUGGAUCUUUCACUUGGACCCGGGGUCGUCGCUCAUCAUGAUCAAACUGCAUUUCUUAAUACACGGCAUGCACCAUAAAGUUCCCUUUGAUGGUUUGCGCCAGGUGUUCCCCCCCAUACCGGCUCUAGGUAUAACCACAAUAAUAUACUCAGCACUUCGGCCGUUUCUGCCCUACCCAGUGCUAGUGCUGACCGGAGGACUCAUUGGCUACCUAACUUACGAUAUGAUACAUUAUUAUGUUCAUCACGGCUCGCCAAAAGACGGAACCUAUCUGUACGCAAUGAAGAGAUACCACUCGAACCACCAUUUCCUCAAUCACGACAAAGCAUACGGCAUAAGCUCGAAAAUGUGGGAUCAUGUAUUCAGGACAGUUGCACACGUUAAAAAAUUAAGUUUUAGUUUACGAUGGUAGGUAUAAUGUUUAUU